AUGAAACAAAAAAUAACCACUCGGAGAUCUGAAGACAAUUUGAGCCCCUCUAGAAAAGCAAUAAAAGUAAUGAAAGAAAUUGCGAGAACUUCUAUAAAAAUCCACAAACCACCUCCAAUAUUAGUAUGUGGUAUAAAUGAUUUUAAAAACCUAAUGGAUAAUCUGAAACUCGAAGAAGCUGAGGGAUACGAGAAACAAAAAAAAAUUUGGGAAAUGGUGGAAUUAAGAAACUAACGGGCGAUGAACACCAGUUUCGACGAACUGUAAAAGUAUUACAAGAACAAAAAGUUGAGUACCACAUAUACCAGCUUAAAACAUAGAAAAAAUUCUGGGUGGUAGUUCGUAAAAUACACCCUGAAACCGACAUUAGCAAUAUAAAAAAAUGAAUUAUCUGAAUUAGGACAUCUUGUACAUAAUGUUACGAACGUCCAGAUUAAUAAAAAAGUUGACCCUAACAACAAGGGCAGUGAUUUUAUUAUUGUUCUAUUGUUCCAUUGGCUUCCACUAUUCUUCGUUGAUCUGGAGCUACAAACAAAUAACAAAAACAUCUAUAAUCUUGACAAUUUGUGUUAUCAUAAAAUUAAAGUAAAACCUCCAAGAAAAAAAAAAAGAAGUGUCAUAAUGCAAAAAUUGUCAAACUUUUGGUCACACUCAAAACUAUUGUAUAAAAUACCAAAGUGUAUGAAAUGUAACGAAAGACACACUUCGUCGAACUGCACCAAGUCAAAAAAAAUCAAAAGCUAAAUGCGCAUAUUGUGAAGAAGGACACACUUAAAAUUAGAAAGGAUGCUUCGCUUUUAAAAAGCAGUAGAAAAAGCUUAUUAAAAAAAAAAUAGCUGCAGUAGAAAGAAUACAACAAAAUCCUGCGAAACCAGUCACUCAAAAUGUUUCUUUUGCAUAGGAAAAAAAUGUUUAAUCGCUUUCUGACGUGAUGGCAAAAUUAACAAAAAAAACUAGAUAUUGGACAAGCUCGAAAAUAACCAAUUAAAAAGCAAAGUACAAAAAAAAAAAAUGAAAAUGAGUUGAACACUUCGAAUUAUAACAUGGAACGCAACGGGUUUCUACAGCGAAAACAAGAACUUUAACAUCUUAUGCAAAAUGAAAUAUAGGCAUAGUUCUAAUUUCAGAAACAGAAUUGCCAAGUAACUGCACUCAUAGAGGAACUGCAGUGAUAUAAAAAAAUCAAACACCAUGAACUUGAAAAAUACCAUCAAACAACAAGUUUCCGUAUAAAUGAUGGCGGCAAUGACCUUACUACAUUUGCUAUAUAUUGUCCACCUCGAUAUAAAGUAGAUGAUAAUUAUAUUGAAUUCUUCUAGACUCCGGGUAGUAGAUUCAUUGCCGGAAGUGAUUAUAAUGCCAAACAUACAUUCUGGGGAUCGAGAUUGAUCACCAUCAAAGGACGUGAUUUGUUUAAAUCUGCAAAUAAAAUUAAAGCACAAUUCAUCUCAACUCGAAAACCAACCUACUGGUCAACUGACCCAAAUAAACUACAUGAUCUUAUUGACUUUUAUUUAAUGAAAGGAAUUACAUAA